GAAGUAUAUUUUAAACAAAAGCAAUAAGCUUACAUAAAAUCAUGUAUUCUGUUAGCAUUGUGAGUGUUACUGGGUGAUGAAAUUCAGCUGAUUGUCAGAUGUUGUAUUUUCCUUCAUCUAUGUAAUAUCCUUUUGUCAGUAGGUGAUAUGACAGCUCUGGUGUCAACAUCCUAAAAGCAGAGAAACACUUUAGAAUCUUUGCUUUGUCAGCUUUAUCUGCUAUAAAAAUUUCAAAGCAAAAACAUCUGUUUUGUCUCAGUGUAGCUGACUGUAGCCGGCAAGCUGCAGAGUGAAAAUGGUAAUGACAUUGUUUUAAAAACAUUUUGGUUUCCACCGUAUGAUCAUCAUAAAGAGGCUCCUUGACGUCUUAUACUGGUCCAGUUUAUUUCCCCUGUUACUUUGAAUGCAGAGCAGUUGCAAUCCUCGAACUUUCACCCACUGCUUCCUGUUAACUUGAGAAGCAGGACUUGAUUUACCGUACUGUCAUCUGGACAUUCAGUUACUGUAAACCUAUAACUAGUGAGCACUUGAUGUUUGUUACUCCCAUUUCUCCUCUCGAUUACAGCGGAUCUGUUUAUCUAAUUUAGCCAGCAGCCCUAUGGGAUAAUACUUUGCCUUUCAUCAUGGCUGUUGCUAUUCGGAAAAGAAGUUGGGAGGAACAUGUGACUCACCCGUCGGGUUUACAAUAUAGCUAUGAUGAUCUGGAUCUGGUUUGCUGUCAUGGAGUUGACAGCGAGGGUCUUUGGUUGGACUCUGAGGCUUUAAAACAGGGCCGGCGGACGAGGUGUGUCUCUAUGCCAGAGGGCUGCCAGCUGCCUUCAGAUGACUCAGGUCAGACGCCUUUGGAUGAGUCCUUUGCUGUUAAAGAUGUCAAUGAAUCAGCUAAAAACAAUGAAGAUUCUCUGUUAAAAUUUCAGGAGUCAGUUCUCGAGUGUGUUGCUCCUGAACUUCCAAAGAGGAAUUUCAAAUCAGCACAACUCUCUGCCCCAAAUACUGGGUUUUCUUCAGUCUUCUAUUGUUACUCAAACAGUACGAUUUCUAGUGUUAAUACUUAUUUUGCAACUGAUAAUCAGACUAUGAAAACUUUCUACAAUAAAGGGGUAAUUGGCACAGAAUGUAGACAGGAUUGCAUCUUCAGUGCUGAUGUCUUAAACAGCCUUAAAGAGAAACAAUACAUUUCUAUCCCUUCAAACAAGGGGCCUCCAUGUUCUGAAUCUGCUGAUGAGCAGCCUGGCAAACUUCCAACUCAUCAGCAGACAAAGGAGAGCCACACUGAGAGUUACAGCAGAUCUCCUGAAAUCUCUGAGGUCACACUGAACCGUGGCACUGCCGCCGAACAGGAACCUCAAAGCGACUGUGCAGAUGUUGAAGGAACUAUUUCCACCUCCGACCAAGCUUGUGGAAGGGAACUGUACUUUACGCAGCAAAAUCCCAUGGAGGGUGGUAAUGAACUGUCACUGCCUAACAAGUCUUUGGAACAAUUUUUGACUUUUACAAUAGAGGAAAAAUGUGACAAUGGAUUUACCCAAAGCCAGAGCACAGAUUUUAUUCACAAGUCGGGUGGACAAAAUGAACUGGAAACUAAAAGUGAUAAUGAAGGCCUCAAUAAUUUAAGAACUGUUCAAGGCGAGCCAGACUAUUCUAACCGUGCAAAUGACUUAGAUCAGGCUGAUGACUGUGAAAUCUAUAAGGACAUGGUGAACCUUCCCACAUCAGCCCAACAGGAACUUCAGACCCACUGCCCAGAAGUUGAACGGAUUAUCUCCACCUCUGACCAAGCUGCUGUAGAAGGCCCUAUUUUUGUGCUUCAAAAUUCAGCUGAUACAACAGAAGAAAAUACAUCAGUAAAGCAACAGAUUGUGACACUUUCAUUAGAUCCACAGUAUGACAAAACAUCUAGUCAAAGCUGGAGCACCGUUCCUUCUCGCAGACUGGAUGGACUGAAUGACUCAGAAAUUUUAAAUGAAAAUCCAGGACACCCUCAUCACUCAAGAAAUAUUCAAGUGGACCAGGGUUCUUAUAACUGUGCUGUGGCUUUAGAUCACUGUAAUGAUUGUGAAACACUUAACCAGACACUGGUUGAGCCACAUAAUGUUGCAGCAACAGACGAGAGCUGUCCUCAUGUGGAGGAAAGUGCAGAAAAAGAAGAGCCUCCUGACACAUAUCAGAAUAAAGUCAUAAAUCAGUGUUUGACGUUGAUCAAAACUGCUGAACAGCAGAGUACUGGAAAUAUAGAAAGAGAGUCGAUACUAAAAAGUUCUAUUUGGUGUGCAGAUCAUCAGAAUGUGAAAACCUCCUUAAGUAGGUCAGUGGAUGUCAUAGUUCAGAACCCAUUACCGAAAAAGUGGACUGUUUGCAAGGAUGAAGACGUACCUCUCAAUGUUCAAAAUAACUCUUCAAAGCAUGUCGCCAUUCCAGAGAUCCGCCUGGUUAAAGCAGAUGACAACUCUUUGGUAAAAGCUACAGAGCAAGCUGUGGUUGAUAUUAUUGAAAAUCCAGUUUAUAACAUCCAUCUGGAUAAUGAAUACAAGACUACUGAGCAACAGAUGAACCCUCCCUUCCUCUCUAAAGAGGUCAGUGAGUUGCUCCAUGGCAACCAAACCUCUUGCCUGAGUGAAUCACCUUGCUCUGAAGUGGCAGAUGGUCACAACGAACAUCACAGCCCAGGAAACACACUUUCUGCAAUGGGGGAGCUGGAUAAGGCUGUAUUCUCAGCUGUUUCUAGAGACAAGCAACUGUCCAGUUCAGAUAUUGAAGGAACACAUGAGACAGAAAAUCAGAAGGAAGACAGUGUGGUCAAGGUACGGAUGAGAAGGCGUGAACAUGCUCGUUUGGAUUCCAUGGUGCUGUUGCUAAUGAAGCUGGAUCAGCUGGACCAGGAAAUUGAGAAUGCCCUCAGCACCACCUCCUCCAUGACCAGUUCCCCUACUCCUAAUCGCCGUCAUCACCUGGUGACCAAUAAAGAGCAAACACCGGCAGCUUUGCUGACACUCCCACUUCCAAAUGAGACCACUGCCUUCUCAUCAAGAUCUGCAAAAAUCUGCAAACCUAAAAGUGGCAGCUUAUCCCCUACUUCUGAGAAGAAAAAAGCAGAGAUCGAAGCCAAAGAGGCCUGCACCUGGCUCAGAGCUGCGGGGUUCCCACAAUAUGCCCAGCUUUAUGAAGAUUCCCAGUUUCCGAUUAACAUAUCCUCAGUCACCAGAGACCACGACUUCCUUGAUCGAGAUGCUAUUGAGGCUCUCUGCAGGAGGCUGAACACUCUCAACAAGUGCGCUUUAAUGAGACUGGAGAUCUCCCCCCAAAGAAAGAGAAGCGAGGAUUCGGAUGAGGAUGAGCCUUGUGCCAUCAGUGGCCGCUGGACAUUCCAGAGGGACAGCAAGCGAUGGUCCCGCAUGGAGGAGCUGGAUGUUUUUUCGUCAUUCUCUACAGAUGCAGCACAAAGCUCUUUUCCCAAAGACCAAGUAACCCAGAAGGGCAAGCUCACCCUGCGUGAAGGGAACAGUUCAGAGAGUGUGUUGACUGACCUCAGCGAACAGCCCGAGGUGGGCUCCAUCCACAGCAGCGGGAGUGGAGGAAGAGGAGAGGAGAAGAUCAAUGGCGCCGCCUCUGUAAAUGAGGCGGUACCUGCUGGUGCCACCAGGGCCAGCUCAGUAGCUAGCAUGUGUUCAUCCUCAGGCACAGGGGGAUCAGCAGGCCAUAAUGAAGACUCUCUGUCUGAUGGGUUGCCUCCGUCACCCUUGGAGACCCUCGGGCACUUCACCUUUGAUGUCAAAUCAGGGACAGUUGGAGGUGGUUUGGACAGAGGAGGAGAUGGUGGCAAAAACACUCGUUCAAGAGCUAAAAGCUUCCUGAAGAGGAUGGAGAGUUUGCGACUUCGCGGCAGUGUUUCUUCCAAGAGGAAGAAGAAGGGGAGCACUGGUUUAGGGAAAAUAGAAAUCAGUGGACCUGUCAUGAAACAAGGCUUCGAUGACGACAAACUGAGGAGGCUGAACUGCGUGGACAUCUCAAGCAUGAAUCUAAAUCACCAACACAACCCCACUCAGACCAUGACUCUCAACCGGAACCGCUCUGUAUCGUACUCAACUCAGACCAGCAACGGGAGCACAGGAAGUACUGGAAGCAGCCAGUCCGAGGCCAGCAGUGGCAGCGCCGUGAGCACGCCCAGUCCGGUGACUCGAGCACGCAGUCAUAGCACGGCAGCAGGUUCCAGUAAGAGAGGAGGGAUGUAUCUGGAAGGCUUUGAUCCAUUUAGCCUUCUCCAGCAGGAGGUGGAGAAGGCUCACCAGCCGCCCAUGCCCAAAUCGGCACCGCCCAUCCCCUGCCAGGCAAGUGAUGGGAUGUGCAUCAAUGAGCAGAACCGCAGAAACAAAUGCAGAGCUCAACCCAAAAGCAGACAAGAAGAAGAAGAGGAAGAGGAGGAGGAUGAAGAAGGUGGCAUGAUCUUCUUUUAUUUGCCAGAGGGCCACAAGCCUGGAACGUUCCCCAAAGCCCUGCAGGAUGGGAGUCUGCGUAACAACAACGGAAACGACAACGGGAAUUCUGUGAUCCUAAGGGGUCGGCAGAGCAGGCGCCAGCGCAGCGCUUCUUCAGGGUCAGUCGACAGCCGGCUUAGUUUCUACGACAACGUUCCAUAUGACGAAAGAGAUGAGGGAGAGGAGGAGGAAGGAGACGAACACAAACUGGACGAGGUGCUUCAACAUGUCACAGGCUUCGUCAAUGCCUGGUCAGAGGCCGUGGCCGGUGAGGAGGAGGAAGAGGAGGAUGAAGAGGAAGAGGGGGACUCGGAUUCUGCUCUAGACUCUGCGUCACCAUGCCCAUCCUCCCCUAUGCAGAACAGGCUGGAAGAGACAGAGAACGGAAGUGACCAGGACAGCACAGGAAACCCACUGGGAGAUGCUGAGGAUGGGAUGAGGGAGCGAAGAGAUUCAGGCGUGGGAGCAUCUCUGACUCGAACUAGCAGACCGCAGAAGCUCCGCUGGCCGAGCUUCCAGAACUCUCAUCGGCCAAGCCUGGCUUCAGCCCAGCUCCAGAUCAGCUGCCAGUCUGUUCUGCAGAUGAAUCUUUUGCAGAAACUCUCCCUUCUGCAGCUCACUGCUCUGCUGGAGAAACACACUCCAACAAACAAGCAUGGCUUCAGUUGGGCUGUGCCAAAGUUUAUGAAGCGAAUCAAAGUGCGCGACUACAAAGACCGGAACGUGUUUGGCGUGCCGCUCCAGGUCAUCGUCCAGCGGACUGGUCAGCCCCUCCCUCAGGGUAUCCAGCAGGCCAUGCGCUAUUUGCGCAAUCAAUGUCUUGACCAGGUGGGCCUUUUCAGAAAAUCUGGAGUUAAAUCUCGCAUCCAAGCUCUUCGCCAAAUGAAUGAGGCCAGCGGCGCCGAUGGUGGAGGGGUCAGCUAUGAGGGCCAGUCGGCCUAUGAUGUAGCUGAUAUGCUGAAGCAGUAUUUCAGGGAUUUGCCCGAGCCACUGCUCACAAGCAAGCUGUCUGAGACCUUCCUGCAGAUUUAUCAAUACAUGCCCAAAGAGCUCCGCCUCCAGGCUACCCGUGCCGCUGUGCUGCUUCUGCCAGAUGAGAACAGGGAGGCGCUGCGCACACUGCUGUGCCUGCUUAGUGACGUGACGGCGUGUGUGGCUGAGAACCAGAUGACGCCCACCAACCUGGCCGUGUGCUUAGCGCCGUCACUCUUCCAUCUUAACACCCUGCGCCGCAAGGAGAGCUCUUCUCCCAGGGUAAUGAACCGGAAGCAGACGCUGGGCAAACCUGACCAGAGGGAUCUGAAUGAGAACCUGGCUGCCACUCAUGGACUGGCCCACAUGAUCCAGGACUGCAGAAAACUCUUCAGGAUCCCCGAAGAGAUGAACCGUUGCAGGAACUCCUACGUGGAGCAGGCUCUGCUGCCGCAGCGCUUUGAGGAGCUGGCUGGUGAGGAGGCAGGACAGGGGGGCUACAGAGCCUGCCUUCAGGACAGCUUGGACCAGCUCCUGAAGGAGGCCAAAGACAAGUUCAAAGGUUACGACAGCUGCUCCACGCCUGAGCAUGCAGAGCUGGCCUACAGGAAGGUGCACGAUGGAUUUCCACUCAGACUCUGGAAAGUAACAGUAGAGAUUCCAGCAAGUCCAGAUGAGGUUCUGACACGAGUACUACGAGAGCAAGGGCAUUGGGAUGAGGACCUACUGGAAAGCAGAGUGGUGGAGACCCUGGAUGAGCGGACGGAGAUCUACCAGUACGUCCGAAACGCCAUGGCACCACAUCCCACUAGAGACCACCUGGUGCUAAGAACAUGGAUCACAGACCUGCCGAAGGGUGCGUGCGCACUUGUUUCUACGUCUGUGGACCAUGAAGGGGUUCCAGUGGUGGGUGUCCGUGCCAAUGUGCUCACCUCACGCUACUAUGUAGAACCCUGUGGAGCCAACAAAUCCAGACUCACGCACAUUUCCAGAAUCGACCUCAGGGGUCGUUUUCCAGAGUGGUACAACAAACUCCACGGACAGUUGUGUGCCGCUGAGGUGGCAAGAAUAAGAGACUCCUUUACUGUUUCCAUGGACAAAUAAGCAAGAAGGAUGCAAUUCGGACCAAAACAGAUUCUUGGACUGCAAAAAAUACUCAAGGAGCAGUCAGACUGUCAUUAUUUCCACAAACAAAAGACAAAGUUUGUAACCUGGUUUCAAGGACUUGCUUGUCCCGGGUCGAAAGAGUUAACUGAUCGUGUUGGGACUGCUGAAAAGGAUUCGCACACAGAUUUAACUUUUUGCUGUCAGUUCAAGACAUGUGGUUUAGACUUUAUCUAAAGGGAUGAUACUGCUUCUGAGAAGCAAAGAAGAUUCAAGGUAUGCAUGAACUUGUGUGUGCGGGAUGUGUGCAAAGCAGCAAAUGGUGAAUGCAUAUUUACUCAUGUCGGUUUACAGGCAGAAGAAACCGUGUACAUACAAACUAUUUUGGGUCAGAAAAGUAGCUUUGACCAUCCACCUCAUGCUACCUCUGACCAACAUUUCUGUUACAGCAAAGCACAGGAGGAGCGGUAGACGUUAUUAUAGAGAGCUGCUGAAUGAAUCUGUGGGUGAAGAAAGAUGCAAAUCCACAGACUGAGUUGGAACAAUGGAUAGGAUAUGGUGAGAUGACAGGUGGGCGAUUGCAAGCAGGGUUUUAGUGUUUAGAUGUAGACAGAGGAGGGCUGGUGGCUGGCUCACCAAAAUGAAAGGACUGAUCAGUCAGGGCCUCAUUCACUGACAGAUAAAAGUCACUCCAAUCCCUACAGAAGGAUUUGAAUGAGUCAGGGGUUUUAUAUAGAAGCCGAUUUUUGUUUGCAAAGAUCCAACCGAUGGGUUUAGCCUCCAAGCUAGUGCCAAAAGCCAGAUCUUUAGCGACUUUACAGAGAACAGCAGGGAAAUAAAAACCAGGUGUAAUGGACCAAAUGGAGAAAAAGCUGAAAGCUAAACCUAGAAGGUGUCAAUGUUCGUUUUAGUCUCAAACACGUCACUGUUUUGUUGAUUACGGUUUGUUGUUUGCAUUUCUGUUUUAUUAAAAUAUAUUACAUACUAUACAUAUUCAAUACUUUGUGCACAAAAGAACAGAAGACACUGUUCAAACCUGCAACAUAAACCUCCAGCUACAAGAAAAGAUGAGAGAAAAAAGCCCUUUUAUAAAGGCGGGGAUUUUACAGGUUUUACUGUAAAGAGGGGAGAAUGAAUGUGUUUUUCUAUAGAAGGAUACAAAUCUUUUUGCGUAAGCGUCUAUCUCUCUUAUCUCACAGUGUUUAAAAAGUAAUUAUAUAGAGUUGGGUCCACGUAACUUCUAGCUUUGACGCUCUUCUAUCACAGACUGUUCAUGUGGAGUGUGUAAUUAAUUCACUAAGCCAUUUGUUUAUAUCCUACAAGUUUAUACCUGUAACAGUGUCUCUGCCAAAAUAUAACGCAUGACAAUGACAGUUAAUUUAAAGUAAAUAUAUUUAUACCUCAGAUAUGUUUUGUUUUGUAUCAUUUGUUAUUUUAUUGUACAUGGUAAGCUUUGUGUUACAGAUAAUGUGUUUUAUCUUUUUUAUUAAUAUUAUUGCUGUACAGGUUAAUCAAAGUGCACUAUUAAAUGUAU